AACAGAAGGAUUGCAGGGAUAAUGCUAUUGGGGCGGCGGAUCACUUACUUCUGACGUUCCAAAGCCUCAGGGAGUUGGCUCAAGAUUGCUAGUCUUUGAUAAGGUCCUUGCAACUUAGUAACAACUUUGUUGUUCCAAAAAUUACAGAUAAAAAAUCCUCCGGCUAGUUUUCUUAAUACUUUCGCUCACUAUCAAUAUCUCACGAUUAAUGUAUAUAAUCUCUGCGUUCACUGUCUGGUUAACGCAAACCAUUAGGUUUAUCGUUGCUUUUAAAGCGCGAAAGGGAAUUAUUCUUUUCUAUGUAGCUUUCGGGACCGGGCUGUCGGUUUCUUACUUUGAUGUCCGCAGUUAAACCCUGAGCCCAGUUCGUAUUGGAAUAGCCUGGAGGAGAUCUGCUGCUUGCUUAUGACUGCUUGAAACACUACCUGGAGAGAGAAGGGGGAACGGGUUCCUCUUUUUUGGUGCGGGGAGAAAAAAGUUACGUUUGAAUUCCCCCUUCUCUUAAAAAAAAUACGAAUCUAAGACACGCAUGAGGACUGCCGACUGGUGGAAACUGUGGAUUACUUUUUUUUUGCAUUUUCAAAGGCGCAAAACUCAUGGAUCGAUGAGUGAACAAGGGCCGAGGAGCUCCCCUGCUGAUUUAAGAGAGUGAGGAGAUUACAGUCGAGCUCAGAGGCGGCGAGCAACACACAAGGAGACAGGAGCUGGAGCCAUGAGCAGGGCGCUUACGGAUCACAUCAGCACUAGCUUCAGAGAAGAUGCCCCUCGCCCUCCCGUCCCGGGGGAAGAGGGAGAGACGCCAUGCCACAAUAUCAACAAAUUUGCCAUGAUGAGACCCCAGACUAAGGCUAAAUCGGUUGUUGUCGCUUCUCCCGGCCCCACGCCGAGGAGAAACGAGGAUGGACUUGGAGAGCCUGAAGGAAGCGCUUCUCCGGAUUCUCCGCUCGCUCGGUGGACCAAGUCGUUGCAUUCGCUUCUAGGGGACCAGGACGGUGCUCAUCUCUUCAGGACCUUUUUGGAACGGGAGAAAUGUGUAGAUACCUUGGACUUCUGGUUCGCCUGCAAUGGCUUCAGGCAGAUGGACCUGAAGGAUACCAAAACGCACAGAGUUGCCAAAGCUAUUUACAAACGGUACAUCGAGAACAACAGCAUUGUCGCCAAACAGCUGAAGCCAGCUACUAAAACCUACAUCAAGGAUAGUAUUAAGAAGCAACAGAUAGACUCUGCGAUGUUCGACCAAGCACAGACCGAGAUCCAGUCAACGAUGGAGGAAAAUGCCUACCAGAUGUUUCUAACGUCUGAAAUAUACCUCGAAUUUGUGCGUACUGGGUGCGAGAACCCAGCUUACGUUAAUCAUAAUGGCUUAGGGAGCCUCAAGUUGAUGUGUGGCUAUCUGCCCACGUUGAAUGAGGAAGAGGAGUGGAGUUGCAAUGACUUAAAAGCGAAAGCUUUGGCUUCUGUAGUUGGGCUAUCAGCAAAAGCGUUACGGGCAACUAUGUCCAUGAGGACAACAGAGGUGCUGGAGAAUGGAUAUAGAUCACACAAACAUGGAGACCCGGCGAAUCCCUAUCACGUCAAUUCGGGCUACAUCUUCGCCCCUGCCACCAGCGCCAACGACAGCGAGAUCUCCAGCGACGCCUUGACGGACGACUCCAUGUCCAUGACGGACAGCAGCGUGUAAGUGUCAGGCGAGCGGGCUGUGUCGAGCCACGCGAUGACAUUGUCGUUAGAUCAUACAACACGUCAGGCUCACCAGAGUAUGAAAAUUACCCCCCCCCCCCCCAUACCUAGGACACGCCGCCUGCCCAAAGAGAUGACCCCCGUGGAGCCCGCCGCAUUCGCCGCCGAGCUCAUCGCCCGCCUUGAGAGGCUCAAGCGCGAGCAGGAGACCAGGAGCUCGCUGGAGGAGCGGCUGCAGCAGAUCCAGGAGGAGGAGGAGAGGGAUGAGGGUGACGUGCCAAACGGUGCCCCCCACCACCCCAGCCACCCCCUGGGCCUGCUGCCGUCCGGCUCCUGCGAGGAAGACCCCCAGGCCAUCCUGGACGAGCACCUCUCCCGGGUCCUAAAGACCCCCGGGUGCCAGUCUCCCGGCAUGGCGCGCCACUCCCCGCGCUCCCGCUCUCCCGAACUGCGCAACGGCACCGUCGCCCCCAAGCCGCUGCCACCGGGCCCUGCGGUGGGCUCCGGCGGUCCAGGCUGCGGGCUGGCCAAGGCCUUCCUGGGCCGACAGCCCACCAAGCAUGUGCACCAUCACUACAUCCAUCACCACGCCGGCCCCAAGACCAAGGAGCAGAUCGAGGCGGAGGCCGCCCAGCGCGUGCAGGGUCUGUGCCCCGCAAUCACAGACUACUCCGCUUACCACAAGUGCCGCGGCCACGGCAAGGAGCAGGGCAGCAGUCCAGCCGAAUCCAGCCUGGGGCGCCCCUGUGCUUUCUCCAAGCGGCUGGGCAAGUCUGGCGAGGGGGCAGCCCUGGCCAACGGCGACGGCGGGGGCUGUGGCGGCGCCCCGCCGCAGCUGCCGUCCGACGGUACGGACCGCACGCAGAACGUGUGGCAGUGGAUCCUGGAGAGCGAGCGGCAAGUCAAGCACAAGACCCACGGCAACCAGGGCCUCAAGAAGGUGUACGGUACGGAUUCCUCGAAGACCCCCCCAGGCCGGCCGCACGCCUGGGGUGGGGGCGGGGGCAAUGGUCACCUCCGUGCGCACCACCCAGCUCACCCCUUCGUCCAGGACCCUGCUAUGCCCCCGCUGCCCCCUCCGAACACGCUGGCUCAACUCGAGGAGGCCUGUCGUCGUCUGGAGGAGGUCUCUAAGCCGCCCAAGCAGAGGCAUUCAGCGUCGAGCCUUCAGAGAGACCGGAGCCAUCCGCCGCCGUUGCCGAGCGCGAGCACCCCCGCCUCCUGUCCCGGACCUCAGACAGACGAAGUGAAAGAGCCAAAGAAGCCAGCCGCUUCCCACAAUGCACUGGGCACCGAGCUGGUGGUGACGUACUUCUUCUGCGGAGAGGAGAUUCCUUACCGAAGGAUGAUGAAGACUCACAGUCUGACACUUGGGCAUUUCAAGGAGCAGCUCCGCAAAAAAGGGAAUUACAGGUACUACUUCAAGAAGGCCAGCGACGAGUUUGAGUGCGGGGCAGUGUUUGAGGAGGUGUGGGACGACGGGGCUGUCCUACCCAUGUACGAAGGCAAGAUCCUGGGCAAGGUGGAGCGAAUGGAAUGAGGACCAGCGGAUGUAGAAUGAGGGACUCUGUCGGAAACCUUGCCAGGGGAGAACUGGCCUUCAAACCCCCUGAAGGUGCCACAUUUUAAUUUUUUAUUUUUUUUAAUUUUAAGCUAAACAGAGUUAAUAUAUCCAAUGGGCAGCAGGCAUGUAACGCUGUUGAAGGAACUUGAGCCAAUGAAGUACCAUAGAUGCAGGAGCAAGGAGAACCCAGCAGAUGACUUUUAAAACCGACCAGCCUUAGUAAAACAAGGGAAUCUGAUCAUGUUGGGAGGGGGGACCUUGAGGACCACUUCACAAGGAGAGCACAGGAAGGAAGCACUACAAGCGUAACCACUGUCUGAAGAUGUGCAAGACUGUUCUGACCAAUAGACUGCAGUGCACCGAGAUAUGGCUAACUGGAGGACUGGCACGGAACCCGCGACGGACUGGCACGGAACCCAGCGCUGUGCCACUGCUCUCCUUGUGCUUUUUAUUAUGUUCCUGGUGUUCAUACGUCUGCACAUACGUACGUGCAUUUAUGUAUAUAUACAUGUAUUAUAUAAUGAUGCUUUUGUCAUGAUUAAAGUUUUAUAAAUAUUUAUUGAACUGUCAUUACCCUCCUGCCCCAUGUCCAGUAGAUGGACAAGCUGCUUUUGAUGACUGGGAGAAAACAAGGGUGAUUUUUAAACUGUUGGAAAUGUAACCCCCCCCCCCCAAACCAGGAAGGCCAAUCAUAAAUCGGCUUCCUCAGCUCCAGACAUGUAUUGCCCUUGGAGGCCGCUGCUGAUUGGUGUGCUUUUUUUGUCAGGUGAUUGGAGUAUCCAGUAUCCAGUGGAUAUGGCCAGUGCCUUUUCAGGGGGGGCAGGUGUGGCUGUAGGGAAGACGGGGGAGUAAAAAUGAAAAGAAGAUUAAAAAAAAAAAAAAAACGAUUAGGACAUUAUGAGGAGAGACUUGGAGCGCGUCAGAUCAUGUAUUAGAGACGAAGUACAUCUAUAGCAAAUCUGAAACUCUUGCUAAUGUCGGUUUUAUUUGUCAGUCAUCUUUACAUCCUAAAUGUUUGAGUCACUCUGCAGUUUAAUGAAUGAAUUUGUAUGUUGUAGUGUAGUAUCUGGACACAGAGCACCUGUAUAUAUUGUACUUAUGCAUUAUAAACAAUAGAGAAUACACUAUUGCUAGUGUUUUAUUAGUACAGCAACUGUGCCUACAUGGAGUCUGUACCGUGUGUUGCCCUGAUUCAGGGUCUAAUAUUCCCUCAGUUUUCCGAAGGGUUUUAUGUUGAAAAGAUAUUUUUAUGCUUUUAAUAUCUUGUAAUCUUUUUUUUUUUUUUCCCUCAACCAUGACUUUUUUUUUCUUCUAUCUAAACUGUAAAUUAUGCAUUAUAUAAAGAGUUUCAUUUAAAGAUUCCUUGGUACUAUAAUUAUUGUAAUUAUUAAGAGAUGUAGCCUUUAUUAAAAUUUUAUAUUUUUCAAAUGAAA